CCAGGCGCACGAGGUGGGAGGGAGAAAAGAAGGAGGGGAAGACUUACCGGGGGCACUUCUCUUUUGGCUUUCUACCCCCCACCACCAUCCACUCAGAUUGAACAGAGAAGGGAACAAAACUGUCUCUCCUGUGAAACGAAGCUUCAGGGAGCUUGGAUUUACGGAAGAAAUUUCCUUCCUGCUCCUUAAGAUCGGAUCCCAGAUGGCCAAUUCCCUGAAUGGCCGGAACCCAGGUGGCCGAGGAGGAAACCCCCGCAAAGGGCGUAUUCUGGGCCUCAUAGAUGCUAUUCAGGAUGCCGUAGGGCCCCCCAAGCAAGCAGCUGCUGACCGCAGAACUGUGGAGAAGACUUGGAAGCUAAUGGACAAAGUGGUCAGACUGUGCCAAAAUCCCAAACUUCAAUUGAAAAACAGCCCACCUUACAUACUUGACAUUUUACCAGACACUUAUCAACAUUUGCGACUUAUACUGGGCAACUGUGACGACAACCAGAAACUUGCACAACUCAGUGAGAAUGAAUAUUUUAAAAUCUACAUUGAUAGUCUCAUGAAAAAAUCAAAACGGGCUAUAAGACUCUUUAAAGAAGGCAAGGAGCGGAUGUAUGAAGAACAGUCUCAGGACAGGCUAAUAUAAGACUUAUCAAUGCUGUGAGAACAGAAGAACUUAAUUUUUUCUAUUCUCCCCCUUCCCCUCACCUUUUUAAAGGACAUUUUCAACUUGAAAUCUAGUCAGUUCUCAGACAAGUAAACCAAGAGCAAAUAAUUAAAAGCAGUUUGAUGAUCCCGGGCCAAUUGGCCAAUUUUUGUGGGUUUAAGGUCACACUUUCUCUUUUGUAAUCAGUACGCAUCUCCCUUUUUGCUGUAAAAAGGCCCUUGUGAAAAGGGAAAACUGACAGUUUGACAAUAUAUAUGUGUAUUUCUUUGUUUACCUUUUUAAUAUAAAGGGAAGCUGACUGGAGAUAUAACUUUUUUUUUCCUGAUCUUUCAGCUUUAUUAAUAUUGUUACUUGUAAUGAUACAGUAGACUUAAGAAAAAGCUGAUAGAAUUAAUGACUUUUUGAUCUGAGAUGAACACUGUUUAUAAUGAAGAACUGGUAAUAAAUAUUAGCCGCACUGUUUAUAAUGAACUGGUAAUAGGAGGAGGUAAUAUAGUCACCCAUUUGGAUCAUAUGCUGGCAUCUUAAAUAAAAAUUCACAAUGAAACUCUAGUAUCUG